AUGGCAUCUACUAAAAGAUUAUUGCCUCUUGAUGGAAUAAAAGUUAUUGAAAUGGCAGGAUUAGCUCCUGCUCCAUUUGCGGGGAUGGUGUUAGCAGAUUUUGGAGCAAGCGUAAUUCGAAUUGAUAAAUUCACUCUUAAGACUAACAUGGACAUCCUAUCAAGAAAUAAACGAUCAAUUUCCAUUAACUUAAAAUCUCCAAUUGGAACCUCAAUUCUAAAACGAUUAAUCUGUUACGAUACUGACAUAUUAAUUGAACCAUUCCGACCUGGCGUAAUGGAAAAAUUGGGAUUGGGACCUGAUAUAUUGUGUAAUCUUAAUGAAAAAUUAAUUUAUGUUAGAUUAACUGGUUUUGGUCAAGAAGGUAAAUUUUCUAAUAUCGCAGGACAUGAUAUUAACUAUCUAGCAGUUUCUGGUAUAUUGUCGCUUCUUGGAAGAAAGAAUGAAAAUCCCAUGUUUCCAUUAAACAUUCUUGCUGAUUUUGCUGGUGGUGGUUUAAUAAGUGUAUUAGGUAUUUUAUUAGCAUUAAUUGAAAGAUUAAAAUCGGGAAAAGGUCAAGUAAUCGAUGUUGCAAUGGUUGAUGGAGUAAAAUAUUUGUCAACUUACCCUUAUUUAAUGAAAUUGACAAAUCAAAUGUGGACUAAACCAAGAGGAGAAAAUAUUUUAGAUGGAGGAGCACAUUUUUAUGAAGUUUAUAAAACCAAAGAUAAUAAAUUUAUGGCUGUUGGUGCUAUUGAACCCCAAUUUUAUGCGGAACUGUUAAAAAGAUUAAAUUUAGAUGCAAAUUUAUUACCAUUUCAAUUAGAUAGUUCAAAAUGGAAUAAUAUGAAACAAUUAUUUACAAAUAUAUUUAAAACUAAAACACAAGAAGAAUGGACUCAAAUAUUUUAUAAAAGUGAUGCUUGUGUUACUCCUGUAUAUGAAUUAAAUUACAAAAUACCUGAGCCUACUCCUAAAUUACUUAGAACUUCUGGUAAAUUAAUAAAUAACAUAAAGUAUUUUUUAAAACCUGGUGAACAUAGUAGAGAAAUCUUAAAAGAAUAUGGAUAUAGUGAAAAUGAAAUUAAAGAAUUUUCAAUUAAAAAUAUUGUUGAUGGAUUAAAUUAUUCUAAAAGUUUAUUAUAA